AUGAGCUUCGUCCCCGUCAACCCACGGCCGAUGCUGCAGGACCUCGUCGACAAGACGGUCUCGGUGCGCCUCAAGUGGGGCGAGACGGAGUACCAGGGCGUGCUCAAGGCCAUCGACAGCUACAUGAACCUCCAGCUCGCAGGCACAAAGGAGUUUAUCGACCGCAAGGAGACGGGCGACCUGGGCCAGGUCCUCAUCAGGUGCAACAACGUGCUAUGGAUCCGCGGCGUCAACGCAAAUGAAAACGGAGACACCAGAAUGGAGGACUGA